AGUUUCUGCUGAACAGAAUGUAUAUAAACGGCAUUCCCUUGCUGACUUGCAUACAUCUUUCAGUGGGACUCGAGCAUAAAGUAUAUGCUAAGAAGAAUAAACGAAUUAAGGUGAGAAUACUGACGUUAUAUAUCAUGCACUAUCAUAUGGAAAAGGAAUAUAUAGAAAAAUAUAGGAAUCAAAUUAAAUGCCGCGCUAUAUAGCCUAGAUGUGUACUAAAAUGCAGGAUGAGCAUCAUGCAGUAACAUAUAAAUGCUAUGAAAUGGCCAAGUGCGUCCAUGCAUGCAAUAUGCAUUACAUCGAUCAGUGAUUAUGUUUUGCAAUCAGCGAUUGAAGCAGGUUGGAAAAGACUUAUUCUUAUUCUAAUGGUUUUUUUCCACUUGUCGGUCUUGAUGAAUUGGGUUAUGUAAUUAAAUUCCAAUUAUAUACUUACUGUACGCGAUUUUUUGUUUUACAAUUAUUGGCAUGCGAAAGACAUUUUUCCUGCGUAUUUGGGCAACGUAGGCCUACAGUAUAUAUAUCAGCUCCACAAUGUCAUGUUAUUUUUCUCAACAUUGCAUGCAGGGCACAGAAAAUGUAUAACAAGUCACUAUAAACAGGGUCUAAAAAGUUCUUUGUUGUCUUUUGUAUCGCAUGUAUAGUUCAGUAUACUCGAUGUCCCCAAUAUAGCGGGCAUCAAAAACUCAAGCAAAUUUUAUUUUUUCGGCCUAUAUAUUUACUGUAUCAUAUGCAAUAUGUGAUAUCACCUGUUCUAUAUAAAAUACAAAACAAUGGAAACUCCGAAGAAAUUCAUAUUUUUAAUUCAACGUUUCGACUACUGUUGAGUCAUCAUCAGGAAUUAUGAAAGCUACUAAAAUUUUACAAGUUAUAAGUACAGGUGUGGUAUAAGAUGAUCUGAUCUGUCAACAAGUUCUAAUUAAUGAUAACAAGUUCUUUUGACGCUUUAGGGACCGGUCAUUAUUUAUGGCGGGGGUGGCACCGAAGAGAAAAGUGUUGGGUAAACAAAAUUUUGAGUGAGUAAAAGGUUGGGUAAAUCAAAAACAAAACAACUCAAAGGUUGGGUAAUAAAAAUAUAUUGUCAAUUCCAAAGCAUGACUCACUCAAAUAUUGAAGACUGAAAACUUCAAAGUCAACAGUCAUAUGUCAAUACAAUAUGUGAAUCAAUCUAUAUCUUCAUCAUUUUCCGAUUUGUUGGGAGACAAAUGGUGUCUCCCAAGAAAGUAAAUGUGCAGACAACAUGAAACUUUAGACUGCAGAAAAGUCAGUAAAUUUCACAAGCCGAACGUUAUCAAACUAUCAAACAUUCACAAGCCGAACGUUAUCGAACGUAUCACAGAAGUGGUAAAGGACUAGUACGAACAUCUGCGAGGGAGACAACAUGAAACUUUAGACUGCAGAAAAGUCAGUAAAUUUCACAAGCCGAACGUUAUCAAACUAUCAAACAUUCACAAGCCGAACGUUAUCAAACGCAUCACAGAAGUGGUAAAGGACUUUUGUCAUGUGUGACAACUGAAUGACAUCCUUUUGUAACGUUUUUGGCCAGGGGUGGGUAUUUAUUUUUAAAUGAUACUUGAGGUUGGGCAAUCAAAUUUUUGAUUUUUUAAUGGUUGGGUAAGCAAAAUUUUUGCCACGAAAAACAUUUCUCUUCGGUGCCACUCCCCACCAUCAAUAAUGACUGGUCCCUUAGUCCCAUGGUUUAAUUCAGGAUGCUGUCUGUAGAUAUGUAAAGCUUCUUUAUAUAGUAGGCUUGUAUCUACGAACUGGUCGGUUCUACUAUAUAAAGAAGCUUUACAUAUCCACAGACAGCAUCCUGAAUUAAAUCAUGGGACUAGUAAAGCGUCAAAAGAACUUGUUAUCUUUUCCAUUGUUUUGUAUUUUAUUAGAAUACUCAGUGCCAGUGGUUAUCGAAAAAUUCUGUUCUAUAUAUUUUAUAUAUUUUCGUUUUUCUGUUGCAGAAUGAAUCGUCUUGCUUUGUUUUGUCUCCUACUCAAUGUUUCGGGUGUGUUGAUGGUAAGAAACUGAAUUAUAGUUUUCUGCAUGUUUACACUGAUCAAGUUGUCAAAUGAAAAGAAAAAUAUCGGAAUGUAUACGUGUAGAUGGUAAUCAAAUCGAUGCAGUAACAGUAUAUUUAAUGUUUUUAUUCAUUUACAAAAUUUUGUUCUCUUCAAAAUCUCGCAUUUCAUGUAUGAAUUCAAUGCACUUUAAAGUUCGCACACCACGAGCUUAAAGUUGUCAAACUAUGCCUAUAUGCUAGCCCGCGUUAUAGGAAUGGGUGCAUGGUACAUGUAGGUAUAUAUCAAUAUAAAGAGCAUGGCUUGCGAGUUUCUUGAGUGAUGAUAAUUUUCUAACGAAGAAAAAGUAAUAUAUAGGCUAAUGUUGAUUAUCAGUUUCAUCGACUUAUAAUUAAUGUUUUUUCGUUGUUGAAGACAACAAAUAAAUAUAGAAUUGGAAACUAUUGCUUAUUUUAUUUCACUUGCUCCUAAAUAUGUGAAAAAUUGAUCACCUAUGCAUCGCAUAUCUGCCGCCUCACACUGUGCUAAAACUGCAUGGAACUUCCCAAAGUCUUGUACCCAGAGUCUUUCUCUCAACCUCGUACCCAGGGUCCUUCCCUCUUGGGGAGAAAAGACUCUUGUAAACGCUGGUCACGUGAUAUGCUAAAAUCCAACAGCACAUGCUAAAAUCCAGCAGAAUUAACUAUCCAGCAGAAUUAACUAUGUUGGAUUCCUUUACGACAAUCAUACAAAAUGCAAAUUAUAAAUUAAACAAUAAAAAUAUCCAAUUAAUGAAGUUUAAUAUGUUGAAAUAACUGGCAUCCAAACCGCAGUUUGAAAAAAACCCCAAGAAAUCAGAAAACAAAAACACACAGCAGACAGGUUUUUGUGGCAUAUAUUAUGGGCAAGGAAGUGCUCGAACGGUCUAGAGGCUCCCGCUAACCUACGUUUUACCUAGAGGAACAGGCGGACCUCUAGAUUGCAGAGGGAGUGACGCGGCUCUGUGCAUGUUGUUCAGCGACAUAUGAGUCCUGAUGGUCUGGGGACCACCAUUGGUAUACUGAGACAGUAUGGGUACUCAAGACCUGACAGAGCAUGCAAAAACUGUAGGUUUUUCAUAGAGGAACAGGUGAACCUCUAGAUAACAGGGGAACAGGCGAACCCCCGUUCAGGUCAGUCAGCUCGUUGAUGUUGAGUACUAGUUGAACUGGUGAACAACUGAUGGUAACUCAACUGAAAUGACUUCCCCAUCGAGUCUCUAGGUCAGGUCAUUAGGUCGCACUGCGACCUGAAUGACCUGCAAAAAUACACUUCACGUGGCGAAGUGUUCUCCAAAGGACAGCACUUCCCUGCCAUUAAUUGACGAUCUGUGCGAAGUACAGAUUGUUAUUUCAGCCACGGGAAGCCGAGUCGAAUUAAGCAUUAUGCAUAUUUAUUAAUAUGCAGAGCAGAGGAGCGUUCGCCUAUGAGCAGUAAAUGAUGGAGGAGCAACUGGAUAAAAGAGGGGGAGGGUCUGGAAACAAUGGGGAGUAGUAAGUAAACUGUGUAAAACAAUUUUGGGUUUCUGAGCCCAUUAGUUUGUUAGCACACUACAGGGUGUGUUUGGGCUUGUCGAGUGUUACUGGCUCUCUUUUGGAAAAAAAACUGGUCGAGUUUUCAAUGUGUUCUGGCACAUUUGUGCUGUGUUUAAAUAGUGUUUUGGCCGAAAAAUAUAGAAAAGUAAAGAAAAGAAACAGGAAACGACCCUCGUAUGUAAUGGUGGUUUGUACCCCAUUUCAUCCAUAGCUGUCCAUCCUUUAAUACUCCACGCGCACAAAUAAAAUAACCCGUCUACAGACGAGGAUGACGAGAUCAAAAAGGCCUGAGGUGUACUAGAGAAUGCUGUUUACUGGAUGCUGACACUUAUGCUAAGGCUGGAUAAUCAGGGAGGCCAGGAAAAACCUGCAGUACAGGAAACCUGGGUAGGGCCAAGACCACCAGCAGCUCCCCACAUAGCUCUAUUUUUACAAGUUUAAGAAGAAUCAGCAUCACGGUAAACAACACCAUACCUAAGACUGCAAAAUAUAAAGAGUCGGGGCAAGAGUUAUAUUUGUAGUAGUGUUUAUACCCUCUGCAGGUUUUCAAAUUGGCUUGCAUUUUGAACUAGCUGUUGUUAGUUUAGACAGAGGCUUUUUCUUGAGCCAGUAUAAAGUGUUUAUAACCAUUUUUCCUGCAAGUAUCCAAGUUAGGCUAUAUUUUGAAUUCGCCAUUGUUUAAACUGGAUUAUACGGAGCUUCUGAGCGUUGUAUAUAAAACUAGGUAAACCUCAGUACAAACCUCGUCCCCGCAAUUUAUGCAGGAACAUUUACAAUACAUAUAGAUAGUUCAUAGUGUAGAAUGUUUUACAGUUCAUAUGCAAGCUGAAAACGGUGAGGCAGUAAUCCAGGGUUAAACGUCGGUAUAGAUAGCACUUGUGAACAUCACCAGAACACAUCCAAGUUUGUUGCUCGCCUUAAAAACAAAAUGAAAGACGCAAGAGAAAAACGGGUGCUCUACAGUGACAAUUUUGUGGAACUAGGUGGUUAAUUUAUAGAGAGGAUAACUGAAUAUGACAUACAGGUAGACGCCAUGUGUACAAUAUGUGUAUUGUACUGGAACGUGUAGUAUAUUGCGUAAAGUAAACUAUUGCGCAAAUUCGUUAUAUGACACGCAAUAAGUGCGGGAUUUUCCCAGGCAAGAGAUUAAUUAAUGGAAAAUAACUUUAAUUAAUCUUAUUAAAUAGCUCGUGAUGUGAUGCAGUUUUUCGAGUUAUCCUAAGUAAAUACUGCUAGCCAUAAUGUGUACGCUUGGGUAAAUUAACGAAAGAUAAAAUAAAGCCGUGUGCAAGCCACUGUUUGUACUGUUAGUAUAACAAAAUAUACAUCUGCCCAAAGAAAACAUUUAACGCGACUGGCAUAAAUUGAUACAAAGUAGGCUAUCAAUAGCAGCUAGAAAUGUGUUAAGACUUAUGCACAGGAAAAUAGCCUCAUGGGACCGGGGUUAUUAUAUAUACCAGAGAGUGUAUACAAUUAGUACGACUGGCAUAAUUUGAUACAAAGUAGGCUAUCAAUAGCAGCUAGAAAUGUGUUAAGACUUCUGCACAGGAAAAUAGCCUCAUGGGACCGGGGCUAUUAUAUAUACCAGAGAGUGUAUACAAAUAGAAAGUAGCAGUACAAGAAGGCUGUAAUACAGCUGUUAUGACAUACAAGGAAAACCCGUCAUGCUACUGAGUGAAACUGUUUUGUUUGAGUCAAUGCGCCAAAAUAGUUCCCGCCUGAGCGAAUAGUGGUGGGACACGAGUUCGAAGACAAGCGAGGCGAAUGAAUGGAGAGUUGUAUAAUGUAUCCAACCACAUCUAUUGAUCUACAUAUGCAGUUAAAUUACGUGUUGUUUGUAUGGUAUUAUUCGACGUAGCAAGAGCAUGCAACUAGAAAUAAUAUAAGAUAGCACGUAACCUGGGGUAAGCGCGAAUGCAUAGCCUACGAAUACUGUACAAUACAAAAUGCGACUCAUGCAUGACACAGGACCAGAUCGAGUAACAUAUGGUUACAAUGCGUUACAUAGUACUAAUGUAGCCUAACAGCAGUAAAUUCAAGAACGUUAUAUUAGGGAAGUAAAUAAACAAUAUGGAACGAACUCACUCCGUUUGAGGUCCCAGAACGUGGAUUACAAGCUGCGGCAAUAUUCUGGUUCUGGAACACCGCAUGCAUGGCCAGGAUGGGAUCUUGUGCAUCUCAGGAUAACUGUGAGUCUGUACCGUCCUUGUUCUUCUGAUCUUGCGCAUUACUUUUGCCAUUUGUUCGAAGAUUGGUGGUCGAAUCGGACAGCAAAACGGUUCUCUUUACUUUGUCUUUUUUUUUUUUUUUUGUAUACCAGGUUUUGGUAGCUUACGCUCUGGUUACAAUAUUGCGAAUGAGGCGUGAAGCAUAUAGCCUGUAACUAAAUGUCUUUCACUAAGAAUGGGGCCAUUGUAUUGUUGCGACGGAUAUAUUUAAGAAGAGUUGAUUGAUUAAACCCAAGUGCAUGACGUGUUCACGUGCUGUUGCCAAGGUUCAAUCUCUUUUGGCAGCAUGAUUAGAAAGUAAUGCCUUGUUUUCCAAGUGCAGUAGUUUUGAUGACAGAUUGGCAUUUCCAUAAGGCAAAUAGAGUCUUCUUUGACAUAUUACUUCAUUAACCACAAUUUAUUGCGUUGCAUAAAUUGCAUAUGUAUAUCAAAUAUUUAUUGACCUCGUCUUGAAAAUAUUAAACCUGCUAGAUUUUAGCAGAUCACGAGACAAUCGUCUACAAGGGUCUUUUCUCCCUUCGUCAAAAGGAAAAACCCUGGCUACGAGGUUGCCACCAGCUUCCUUUGAACGUCGCCGUAUUUUAAUUCGCCGCAUAUUAAUUUAUUUUCUUCGUUCCACUUUGAUACAGACAAUAGUUACACCCGGAGUGUACUCGACGACGUACAAGCGGUCAUGUCUUGAAAUCAAACGUAGUGCACCUCAUGCAUUGAGUGGUCUCUAUGACAUUCUGGUGGAUAAUACUGUCAUCACAGUGUACUGCGAGAUGGCGAAAGAAGGCGGUGGAUUUACUUUCAUACCACGCGAGGCUGUCAGACGAGGGAAGUUCUCAAGUCUAAUAAGACAAAUUUGUACGGACAGAUCCAGAGUCCUUCUUCGCUUCCAAAGGAAAGAUGGCCUUCAACCAUUCACUCUCAUAACUCAACUUCCAGCCUACGCUAAACAACCACUCGGUAUAUUAAUGCAUACUUAUGCAGGCUAUACAAGACCGUUGAAUUAUGGCCUAGGUGAUUAUAUAUAUCUUGGUAUAUUGCCAGCAAAUCGAGCGAGGGCCAAAACCAUUCAAGGAUUCAGGUAAAACAGAAAUGAUUAAUGAUGAGUAGAUGACAACUAGUACUUGUAUCUUAUAAAAAUCUUUAUGGUAAUUCCAAUGUCAGGUUACAAGACUCACUUUGAGUCCAUUGACAUAGUUUGCAGAGGCUAAAUAGUAAAUGUACUACAUCAAGUAUAAUCUAAAAUCUACCAAAUUAUCACUUUAAAUUUAAUUUAGUAAAUCGUUAUUAUUAAUCUGAUAUUGACUCGUCCCUAGUUGCGCGUCCAGCGUUGAAUGUUAGAACAUUCCCAUGGGCCUUUGUUUCCCAUUGUUCUAACACUCAAGCGCCUGCAAAUUUUGCAUGAUGUUAUUUUUGUGGGAAAAUCAGAAUCUGCAAUAUGCAUAAAUUUCAAGACAUCAUUAAUUGUGUAUAUAGAAUAGGAAGAAGUGAUCUAAAGGGUUUUUUAGAGGUUUGCAUGUUUUUUUCCUAAAUGUUUGCAUAAAUUGUUCUUCAAAUUGCCCUAUUUGCAUGAUUUCUUUCGAAAUCUCUCCUCAACCCAGAAUAUCUACUGGUCUACCACUAAAUACUCGUUUCUUUAACCUAAGGCAGGAUCAAGCUAAUUGACUAAAAUGAUAUUACAUGGGAAACGGGCCGAGUCGGUUAACGUCUCCUAGUUCGUUCCAUGUAUAACCUGCUCCUAAGAGCACUAGCCAAGGUCAGUAUUAGAGAGGUGUCCGUAGGAAGAGGCGCAACUCUCAUUGCAUGGCAUUUUUUCCCUUUUUAGAUCAAAUGGCAGAAGUGUGACUUUCAAAAACUGUGAUCGUAAUCCAAACGCCUACUUCGCAUUGUUCCCAAACCAUCAGGAGAAAACCAUCAAUACUUACCUCAAAGGAAACCUGCAUUAUGAACGUUAUGGUGUAGCAGUAAACUGGCGAAAAACUGGUGUUCCCUCGUAUGGUCAUCGUCAGCUACCCAACAACUUCUUGUUCCUCACUGAGUUGCAUUUCGGGGGAUGUGGAACCUACACCUCGAGUGAUCGCUGGAGAGAAGCAUUUGGGACUGCCAUUGGUCUUCGUUAAUGUACUUUCUAUGAUUUUUUUUAAUCUUAUACGUACUUUCGCUCUUAUAAAAACUCUCUGGCAUAUAAGGAGAGGGUUACUGCAGAUCGCACUAGAUUUUCUCAUCAAUGUAAGUUUAAUCGUUUUCACAAUAAAAAAAUUUGCAAGCCUUUUAUACGC